ACUUGGGGGCUGUCCAGGUCACACAGCUGUGAAACCAUGGCAAAGUGCCGGAGUGCCACCUCUUUGGUGGCAGUCGCUCUGUUAGGAUGCUUAGUUUGGACAGAGGUGGAGGCUCAGAGUUCACUGUGGCAGAAGCCUGCUUCUCACUACCAGCCCCCACCUCUUCCUCCACCUCGUUCACCGCCAAAUGCUCCUCAGUAUGCUAAGACGCCAAGCAUCCCUCAGCCCCAGAGGCCAAAUGUACCAAAUCAACCUCCCGUUCAGAAAUGUGAGGUGGCGAGACAUGUGAGAGUCCCAUGUGGUGCCCCUGAUAUCUCUGCAGCCGAAUGCGAGGCCAUAGACUGCUGCUUUGACGGCAGAGAGUGCCACUUGGACGAGCAGGUGGGGUUUUGCUUGACAGUCCAGUGCACCAAGGACGCCCAGUUCAUUGUUGUAGUAGCUAGAGAUGUGACUCUACCCAGCAUUGACCUGGAGUCAAUCACACUCUUGGGACAAGGUCAGGGCUGUAUACAUGUUGACUCCAAUUCAGACUUUGCCAUCUACCAGUUUCCUGUUUCUUCCUGUGGUUCCAUUGUCACGGAGGAGCCUGGUGUUAUAGUCUAUGAGAACAGGAUGACUUCCUCAUAUGAAGUGCUGGUUGGACCAUAUGGACCCAUUACCAGAGACAGCCACUAUGAUGUGCUUUUCCAGUGUAGAUACAUUGGCACCACUGUUGAAAGUCUGGUUAUAGAAGUCGCCCCAUCAGAUAAUCCUCCUCUACCAGUCGCUGCUCUGGGACCUAUUGCAGUAGUAAUGAGGUUGGCCAACGGUGUAUGCGGUACGAAGGGUUGCGAUCAAGUGGAAGCGGCAUUUACCUCCUACUAUACGGAUGCAGAGUUCCCUGUGACCAAACCACUGAGAGAUCCUGUGUAUGUGGAGAUUGAGCUUCUUGAGAUGACAGAUCCAAGUCUUGUCCUGACUUUGGGUCGCUGCUGGACAACAACAACCCCCAAUCCUCACGCCAUGCCCCAGUGGGACAUACUGGUGGACGGAUGUCCAUACAGGGAUGAUCGUUACUUGUCUGCUCUGAUUCCUGUCACUGGUGUCGAACUCCCAGGUCGCUUCAAACGCUUCCUUUUCAAAAUGUUUACCUUUGUGGAUCCUGCUUCAUUGGAGCCCCUGAGAGAAUAUAUGUGCGUUCACUGCAGCACAGCUGUGUGCGCAGGCCACAACUGUGAACCAGGAUGCUACAGGAAAAAGAGAGAUGUUCUCCAAGAAAAGGACAAAUCAAGGGUUGUGGUUUCUUCUGGACCGGUGAUUAUGGUUGCCCCUGAGGAGUAAACACAAUUGAGCUCAAAAACAAGACUCUGUCCAGUCGUAUGAAAUGGAAAUGGCUUGUAACAUAAUGUAAAACAAAAGGACUUAAAGUGUGCUGCAGUAAGAAUUAAAUGCUCUGACUUAUGUUAAAGGUAUAGACAUAUUUAAAAGUAUUGUCUAACCUCACAGCUUAUUCUUUUUAUGUUAAAUCUGUAUGAUAUCUGAUCACAUUUAGUAAUUUAAACAUAGAACUAACUAUUUUUAAAGUUUGGUUUACUUCCAUUCAUCUUUGGUAAAAUUGUUUUAUUUUUAU